AUGGCUCAAACGAUUACAAACUCUGGCCAUGAUGAUAUGAUUGUAAUUCUACUUUCACUUCUUCUAACAGAAAUACACGAUGCAGUUUUGGAUUACUACGGCCGUCGUCUGGCUACAUGUUCAUCUGAUAGAACUGUUAAAAUAUUUGAAGUGGAAGGUGAAUCGCAUAAGCUUGCUGAAACUCUCAAAGGCCAUGAAGGUGCAGUGUGGUCCGUCUCAUGGGCACAUCCAAAAUAUGGGAACAUCCUAGCAUCAGCCGGUUACGACGGUAAAGUUCUCAUAUGGCGUGAACAGGGUACAAAUUGGACGAAAGCCUUUGAAUUUGCACUCCACACAGCGUCAGUAAAUACAAUUUCGUGGGCACCGCAUGAAUCUGGAUGUCUACUGGCCUGCGCAUCUUCUGACGGCAAUGUCUCUGUUCUUGAGUUCAAAGAUAAUUCUAUGGACCACCAAAUCUUGCAUGCUCAUGGUAUGGGCGUCAAUUCUGUUUCUUGGGCGCCCAGUACUUGUCCUGGCUCAAUGAGUUCAAGCGCUGGAGGUCAGGGUGGGGUCAAACGUUUUGUCACAGGUGGCUGUGAUAAUGUGUUACGUUUAUGGAGUUUCGAUACGGCAUCUCGAAGCUAUAAAUCAGAACGAGAACCGCUGACAGGUCAUACGGAUUGGGUACGUGAUGUUGCAUGGUCUCCUACUUUCCUACAGAAGAGUUAUAUUGCAUCUGCUAGUCAAGAUAAAACUGUGCGGAUCUGGACAAGUGAUCCAAGUCAGCCUGGUAAUUGGAACAGUAAAGUAUUACAAUUCGAAGUCGUAAUCUGGAGAGUUAGUUGGAGUCUAAGUGGCAAUGUAUUAGCCGUAAGCGGAAAUGACAAUACAGUGAGUUUAUGGAAAGAAGACUUGAAGGGGGAAUGGAACUGUGUGAAAACCAUUGAGGAAUAG